UUUGACUAUUCCUUCUUGUCUUUUAUAAUCCCUUGUCCCCUAUCCCUUCCUUCCCAUUCUUUAUUCUAGCACACCCUUCUUUGCAACAUAUUCCUGCUGUUUCUUAUUUCCAGCGUAUCUUUCACUUUCUUUGCUAAACUGUUGAGAUUUAUUUUCUUUCUUCGUGUUCUCUGCCUCUUGCAUACCAUCUCAGCACCCCCUCCCCCUUUCAGUCAUCUGUUCCCUGUUCCUUUAGUGUAAUAUAUCUGCUUUUCUCUUUAGUUUCCAGCUCUCUUUUCUUAUGCGCUACUUUUUCUACCUCCUUCUUUUUGCUUCAUUUGUUUCUGCAUCACACCUCUACCUCCUCUGGUUUCAUAUUUGCUCCUUAGAAUUUCUUUAAAACAUACUGAUACUUUUUUCUUCUGUUUAUUAUUUCCUUUAUAGCUUUAGCUUGUGUCUCUCUUCAUGCUUUGCCUUCAUUGCUUGUCAUCUGCCUUUUAUCUUUCCUCCUUCUGUUUCUAGUUAAAAUAAUAAAAUUUCAGCAUCCCCCUGCACCCCCUUCUGCCCUCCUCUGGCAUCCUCUGCCACACCCUGCUAUUACUCUUAAAUGGGAUUCUAGGAUACAUCUUCACAUACAGCAAAAAGAAAGGGUGUCAUUGAUCUUGAGCUAUGGGACCAAAGUCAUCUUCUGGAUUCUACUUGAGCAGGACAUCAGCUGUUUUGUUAACACUGCUAUUGGCUGCCUUGAUUUUAGUAGUGAUUAUACUUGGAGCUCUGUAUGCACGAACACCUCAAAGGUCUCACCACAUCUGUGACACUUCUACUUCACUGGAGAACAUUGCAGAACCUACAGACAGACCAGGUAUCUGGAAUAAUCUACGUCUGCCUCAUAACCUUGUACCCUUGCACUAUGAUUUGGAGUUGUGGCCAAGGAUGGAAGAAGAUGAGGAGGGUAACUAUCCCUUUUCAGGACAGGUAAACAUCACCAUAAGCUGUGUAGAGGAUACAGAUGUUGUUCUGUUGCAUAGCAUUCAGCUGAACUUCUCCGAUGUAGGUCUCAGGCUACUGGGAAAUAAAACUAUAAUGUACCAGAGCAUGGAAAAAGAUGGAAAACAUAACGCCCUGCAAGAAGGCAGAGCAUACAAACGCCUGCAAGAUCCAACCUAUGAUAUUCAUGGAGGCAACGUUAGUAUAAACAAUGUGUGGACCUUUGAGGAUCACAGUUACGUGGUACUGGAGCUGAAUGAACGACUGGUUGCUGGGAACCUUUACUUGCUGGAGCUUAAUUACACUGGAUUUAUAAGGCAAAAUACUGCUCUCUUUAUUACACAUUACAAAGAUUUUAAUAUAGACAAAGCCGUGGUUGCUUCAUUGUUGGAGCCAGAGUAUGCACGAGCUGUGUACCCAUGUUUUGAUGAACCUGCCUUAAAAGCAACAUUUAAAAUUAGACUUGUGCAUAAUUCAAGUUAUGUGGCGCUUUCCAACAUGCCUGCAGUGGCUGUAUCUGAAAGGGAAGAUAUUGACGGAUCCAUAUGGACUGUUACCACCUUUGACACUACACCGAAAAUGUCAACCUAUAUAACUGCAUUUGUUAUUUGUGACUUUGAUUACGUCAACAUCACAGAACGAGGCAAUGAGAUCCGGGUUUGGGCACGUAAGGAAGUUGUGCAAAAGGGGUUUGCAAGCCUUGCUCUGAGUAUUGCAGGCCCACUCCUUUCAUACAUGGAAGAUUUAUUUAAUGUCUCAUAUCCCUUGCAAAAAACAGAUUUUGUAGCCCUGCCUGACCUUGAUGUUGAAGCAAUGGAAAAUUGGGGAUUAAUUACUUUUAUUGAGGAAGCACUGAUUUAUGACCCCAGGCAGAAAUCUAGCAAUUCCAAAUUUAGGACGUCUCUGAUUGUUUCCCAUGAGAUAGCGCACCAGUGGUUUGGAAACCUUGUUACCAUGAAAUGGUGGACAGAUUUGUGGCUGAAUGAAGGAUUUGCGACCUACAUGGAGUAUUUUGGUAUUACGUUCCUUGACUCCAAAUUAGAACUGAAUGAGUUGUUUACCAUGCACAACUUGCAGCCCAUCUUUGAAAGGGAUGUGGGGGCUCACGCUAAGACGGUUUCAAUGAAGGAAGAGGAACUCUAUGAAGCUGAUUCCUCUCACAUGUUUAAUGAAUUCACAUACGACAAGGGAUCUGCCCUUGUGCGAAUGCUAUCGAGUUUCCUGACAGAGAAACUCUUCAUCAAGGGAAUCAGCUCAUAUCUGAAGACCUUUUCGUUCUCAAACGUUGACCAGGAUGAUCUGUGGAAUCAUUUGCAAAUGUUUAUAGAUCAUCAAGAUGAAGUUCGGCUUCCAACAACAUUAAGACAUAUUAUGCAGUCCUGGACAUGGCAAAGAGGCAUACCCCUUCUCACUUUAGAUACAACUACCGGGGAACUGGCUGAAGAGCUGUUCAAGACUGACAACACAGAUAACAUCACAAGUGAUAGCAAUCACACAUGGAUUGUCCCUGUAACCUGGAUGAAAAAUGGAACCAAGCAAAUAUCGCUCUGGCUAGACAGCAAAUCUAAAGUUUUUCCAGUAUUGACCACUGCAGCAGAUGAGUGGAUUGUUUUAAACAUCAAUGUAACAGGAUAUUACAGAACAAAUUAUAAUAAGGAAAACUGGAACCGCCUGGCAAAACAGCUGGAAGCCAACCCAAAGGUUGUACCCACAGUUAAUAGAAUACAGCUGAUUGAAGAUGCAUUUAUUUUGGCCAGGUAUGGCUAUACUGACCAUGGGACAGCACUUAGUUUAACCAAAUACCUUGAGAAAGAAGAGGAAAUCAAUGUGUGGUACACAGUACUGAAACAUGUGACGUCUUCAGAUUAUCCGCUAAUCACUUAUACCAACUUCCCCCUAUUUAAGAAAUACAUAUUGAAAAGAAUAAGUCCAAUAUACCAGCGAUUUGCAAAUUCCAUUCGCAGGAACUUUGAUGAAGCAGCAGAUGAUUAUUUUAUACAGGUGCACAUCGAGCUCAUUCUUAAAACAGCGUGCUCCUUUGGCCUGCAAGACUGCCUGCAGCUGGCACAUCAGCUCUAUGCCACGUGGAUGAAAAAUUGUUCCGGCAAUGUCAUACCAGAGUCUAUCAGAAACCCCAUCUGCUGUUAUGCCAUUGCUAAUGGUGGUGAAAAAGAAUGGGAGUUUGCAUGGAAAAUGGUUAAUAAAUCAGAAGAAAUUGAGAGAGACUUGUUGUUUUAUGCCUUGAGCUGCACCAAGGAGCCUUGGUUGCUUCACCGGUAUUUAGAAUAUUCCUUGGAAAUGUAUAAAUCCUCUGCUUUCACAAUCUUUCUGGAUGUCAUAAAAAAUGAAAUAGGAAGACACAUAGCUUGGGAGUUUUUGAAAGAGAACUGGCAGCGCAUACAUGAUAUUUUUGGACCAAGAGAUACUGUGGACUUUUACACUGUGUUAUUACCAACUUUUGCAUCAAAAGCUGCUUCAGAUUUACAAUUCCAAGAGAUUCAGCUGUUCAUCAAUACUACGAUAAAUGAAAACCAACGGGAAAGAAUACUGGAACAGGUGGAAAACAAAUGGAGAAAGAGCCUUGGCUGGACAAGUAAAAUAAAUGAUGAAAUUCUUACUUGGUUACAGAGAAACGCAGAUGAAGCUGAGAUCUGAGAGCAUCACAUUCUCACCUGUAACUGUUGAAAAUGUUAAUAACUCCUGUAUAUAAAUGGUUUCUCCUCAACUGCAGAGUAUGUAUUAUAUAAAUAUAUUUUUACAGCUUGUGUGAAUGUAAUUAAAUAAAUUCAUCCUGAGUUACACUUUGA